AGUAUGCCUCUGAAGCCCCUGUGCGACGACGGUGGAGGAUCAGAUUUCCUCGUGCCGACACCCGCUCUUAGCCCCCAAUUUCAAUACCAACUGCACGCCAAGACGAGAGCCAAGAUGGCGCAGUCCAGUCACGCGCUGUCAGACGAGAACAUGCGCAUGGCUUGUUAAAUCUACUUUACAUCCCGUACAGCGGGACUCUCGAAUCCCCAUCUUCCCCAACGGCAGGUCGACCAUAAUAAACAUGGAGCAACGGGAGUCGCAUGAGAUGCACAGCGUCAGGGAGGAGACAAGACAAGCGAAUGCGGGUGCACCAAAGGUCCCGGAAACUACUCACGAGCCCAUGUACACGUCGAGGGUGUCGAGAGCGUCUUCCAUGACCGUUCGCGAGCCCAUGGUCAGGACCCUGCACACUUCGUUAUGGCCGCUGAUGGUCUUCAUCUUCUAUGCGACACUCGCCCUUUUCACCUGGAUCGCUUUUUGUGUCGCGAGCAGCCGACCGAUUGGAAGCAAGAGAGACUACAUGAAUGCGCAAGACUAUUCAACCACCAGAGACGAGUUGGAUGCUAUCUUAGCUAAACACGAGAGGGCCCUCAAAGCGGCGCAGAUCCUGCAAGCGGUAGUUGCUCUACUCACCAUUCCCGUCACUUCGGCGAUCUGUUCCAUGGCUCUAGCUGCCUACAUCCAGGCCGGCAGCUCGAGAACGAAGUUGAAUCUCCGUCAGACUAUGGCGCUUGCGGACCAAGGCUGGAUCAGCCCACGAAUAUGGACUAGGUGUUCCAAAGUUGGAAGCCUCCCAUUGUACUUCGCCUUUGCAUUGACCUUAGUGGGUGCUAUCUUCCCCAUUCUGCAGACAACGUUUGUCCAGAUUACUCCGACACGAAUACCGACUCGCAGCACACAGUCCAGUCUGAGUAGGGUCGCCGAUAUAUCUGCGCUAAUCAGCGGUACCAACGACGGCAUAAACACAGCAGUUGUCCGUCUCCGUAGCAUUCUGGAAUCGCACGGGGAAAAGGAUUAUGAACCUCACCUCUGGGUCGAUGAACAGAAGGAUGGACUGGAUAAUUACAGGUGUUACGAUACAUCCAGUGCGAGCGCCAACUGUAACUACUUCGGGAGGAGUCUUUAUCUGCUUGAUGAGAUGACCUCAGAUACCUGGUUCUCACCCGUUCCCUCGGGCUUCAGCACCGGUGUCGACGCUGACCCUCAGUAUGCACCACGCCUCAAUACGACGAUCGAAUACAGGAACAUGACAGGCACUGAGUGGCCGACCGAAUGCGAUCGCGACAAAGAAGAUGCAUUCUUCGUACAAUACCAUGGAGGAGAUGAUGAUUACCGCGAGUUCGAUAUAAUGGCUUGCAUACCCGCCAACAUCUCUGACACACCUUGGCAAGCUACCUACGAUCGGCAGGACAUUACCGAGGAUCUUUUCCUCGCAAUUUCGGUGCCUGCAAUGUUACGUGCUCCUGCUAUGUGGAGAAUCACCGCCCGUUCGACGUUGGGCUACUUUGAACUUCCCAAUGUUAAAAACGGGAAUCGCGCCGGGCCGUUACUCGAUAAACUAUCCUUGGACAACACUAAAGGCUCUUCAACCGGCGGAUCCAGUCGAGAUGAGAAACGAGCAACCAAUGAAUCAUACGCAGGAAAUGUGAGACAAGCCGUUGGAAAACACAUCGGUCCGCUGACUGCUAUUGGACUGGCUCUAUUCGGCGAAGGCUCUUUCAUCGAGAGAAGGGUUUCAAAUACAUCCGCCUUCGUCGUAGAUCGACCUGAGAUCGAUGACGUAUGGUCCAGGAACUUCGGCGACAAUUGCCUCGGGAAUAUGCCUCUCAACUUUGCCAUGAGCGGCCCGUGCCUCCGCGACUACGACUCCCAGUCUGAAAACGACGUCCUUGGCCAGGUGAGAAAACUGGCCGCAUUCUUUGAUUCGGAAGGAUCUGCACAUGCGGCGUUCACUGCGGCCGCUUUUCUCGCCAAUAAGGAGUGGCUGAACCCAAGCCAAUAUAACAGUUGGGAGGGAUUUGACCAAUCGCGGAGUGUAUAUGUCGAUCAGGGCGUUCCAACUAAGAAGACUGAUAUCGCGCUUUGGGGGAUCAUCACCGGCUCUGUUUUCCUCGGCCUUCACCUUCUCGGCUUGCUGGUGCUUGCACUGUACGCCUUUUGGAAGAGGCCGUUCAUGCUUUGGUUGGGUGCAGAAUUCGUGGCCAAGGCUGGUACGGCACACGCGGAUAUUCUGAGCGCAGCCGAGGGGGACAAGCAGUGGAAGCAGACUGUUGCUGCGUGCCCGGGGUUCGUUGGGGACGAGAAACCCACUGAUACUGUGGGUCGGAUCGCAUUUGGUGCUACUGCUGCUCUAAGCAGAAGACGGGAUAAGCAGUUUGAAGAGCUAUAGUGUUGGUGUAAUUCUAAUAGAUCUGGUUCAUUGUUGAUGUGGAAGUUU